AUGGCAGAAGUUUGCCCAGAUGAUGAACCAGGGUUGGAGCUCCGCCUUCAUCCAGAUGCAAUCUUGUCAGCCAUUCCUUAUUCAGUAGACUCCGAAAGACGCCAAAGUGAUAAAUGUACAACAGAUAAGCUCUACAUCUCUGAAUCUCGAUCAACGACUAGCGAAGGCAGCGGACCAUGGCUAAACAGUACCAAUCGACACAUUGGAAGGCAGCAUUGGGAGUUUGACCAUCAGGCUGGAACUCCUGAACAACGAGCAGAAGCAAAAUUAGUUCGUCAGGACUUCAAGAAGAACAGGUUCCAGAGGAAGCAAAGUUUUGACCUCCUAAUGCGAAUGCAGUUAAGAAAGGAGAACUCACAUUGUCCUCCAAUUCCACCGGCAAUAAAGGUUAAAGAUAUAGAAGAUGUAACAGAGGAAGCUGUGGUAACUAUACUCAGGAGAGGGAUAAGCUUCUACUCAACUAUUCAGGCCCGAGAUGGAUUCUGGCCAGCCGAAAGUGCCGGCCCACUGUUCUUCAUGCCUCCAUUAGUCAUGGCCUUGUAUAUUACCAGAACACUGAAUACCGUUCUAUCAUCCGAACACCAAAAGGAGAUCAUCCGUUACAUACACAAUCAUCAGAAUGAAGAUGGAGGCUGGGGACUGCAUAUAGAGGGACACAGCUCUAUGUUUGGUUCAAUCCUUAGCUACAUCGCAUUGAGGUUGCUAGGAGAAGGACCUGAAGAUGGGGAAGAUAGGGCCAUGGCAAGAGGGCGUGGAUGGACUCUUGAUCGUGGUGGUGCUGUUGCAACACCAUCAUGGGGAAAGUUUUGGCUAAGUGUUCUUGGAGUGUAUGAUUGGGCAGGGUGCAAUCCACUUCCUCCAGAGUUCUGGCUACUUCCCAAAUUCUUUCCAAUUCAUCCAGCACAAAUGAUGUGUUAUUGUGGCUUGGUUUACAUGCCCAUGUCAUAUUUGUACGGGAAGAGAUUUGUUGGGAGUAUAACAGAACUGAUACAUUCUCUGAGAAAUGAGUUGUACGUCCAACCAUAUCAUCAAGCAGAUUGGAAUAACACACGAAAUACGAUUGCAAAGGAGGAUUUGUACUUCCCACACCCUUUAGUACAGGAUAUGCUAUGGGGAUUCCUCUAUCAUUAUGUUGAACCUAUCAUGACGCAAUGGCCAUUUUCUAUAUUAAGGAAAAAGGCUUUAGAAAAGGCAAUGGAGCAUGUGCAUUAUGAGGAUGAAAACAGCAGAUAUAUUUGCAUCGGAGUCGCAGAGAAGGUGCUCUGCUUACUAGCUUGUUGGGUGGAAGAUCCACAUUCAGAAGCAUUCAAGUGCCAUCUUGCUCGUCUACCUGAUUACUUAUGGGUAGCAGAGGACGGCAUGAAAAUGCAGACAUUCGGCAGCCAAGCAUGGGAAGCAGCUUUGUCAAUUCAGGCAAUUCUAUCUAGUAAUCUAGCUGAAGAGUAUGGACCAAUGCUUAAGAAAGCUCAUGACUUCAUAAAAGCAUCGCAGGUUAGGGAUAAUCCUUCCGGGAAUUUCAUGAAAAUGCAUAGGCACAUUUCCAAAGGAUGUUGGACAUUUUCAACGCAAGAUCAUGGCUGGCAAGCCUCUGACUGCACUGCUGAAGGAUUAAAGGCUGCACUUCUUUUGGCACAAAUGCCACUGGAACUUGUUGGGGACAAAAUUGAAGCCGGGCACUUAUAUGAUGCUGUUAAUGUUAUAUUGUCUUUACAGCACAAGAAUGGUGGAUUUCCUGUAUGGGAGCCGGAGAAAGCAUGCCGCUGGAUGGAGAAACUCAAUCCAAUUGAAAUCUUCGCAGAAGUUAUUAUCGAACGACGGUAUGUGGAAUGCACUUCUUCAGCAAUUCAAUCUCUGAUUCUCUUUCAAAAGUUGCAUCCUGGACAUAGGGAAGCGGAGAUAAAGACUUGUAUCUGCAAAGCUAUAGCUUAUAUUGAAGAUGAACAAAAACAAGAUGGCUCAUGGUUUGGUCGCUGGGGCAUUUGUUACACUUACGCGACCUGGUUUGCGGUGGAAGCACUGGUUGCUUCAGGAAAGAACUAUAAAAACUCCCAGACUCUACGAAAGGCUUGUAGAUUUUUGCUAUCAAAGCAAUUGCCUGAUGGUGGAUGGGGAGAGAGUUAUGUUUCUUGCUCAAAUGAGGAGUACAUUAAUCUUGAAGGAAACAGAUCAAAUUUGGUGCAAACUUCAUGGGCUUUGUUAACUUUGAUUGCUGCUGGGCAGGGUGAGCAUGAUCCAACUCCUAUAUAUCGUGGCGUAAGAUUGCUAAUAAACUCGCAGAUGGAAGAUGGUGACUUUCCUCAGCAGGAAGCAGUAGGAAUGUUUUUCAAGAGUUGCAUUAUGCAAUAUGGCACAUUUCGAAAUAUAUUCCCGAUUUGGGCUCUUGGUGAAUUUCGCAGACGUGUCCUCCAUGUCUAACUCAGCAAUGCUGAAAGUGAUGGAAUUGGACAUAACAAGCAUCCAAGCCAAAAUAUUACCAAACAUGUAUGGAAGCUUUGAAAUCAAGCCGGUUGCUUCAUAUGUUUGUCAAUUCCUUUUAUAUAUCUUACCGUGUUACAAACUUGAGAAUAUCCUCGGAAUAUUCCAAUCUAUAUCUAUAAUGUUAAAUGUUAACAUUUUAAUUUAGGUGGUUUGUAUUUGAUUUCUCUAAAUGUUAAAUAUUCCAAUCUAUAUCUAUAAUGUUGAAUGUCAAC